UUAGUUUUAUGCUUUUACCCCAAAUCGCCAGCGCGUGGGGCGAGACAUUCAAAGCCACUAAAGGGGGCGCAAAUCACAACUCAUUCCUCGUGUGGUUUCUGAGUGGGCGUGUGUUGUGGGCGUUGGGCUACGGAUGGAUUGUGUACGCGUGUAGUACUAACCGCGGCUUGAUUAUACAGCGGUUUUUCAACUACCAGCCCAUACAACUAUUGGCUAAACUGGCGUUUGGUAUAUACCUGUCGCUCAUCAUUAUUAUAGGCACCCGACUGUUGGCCAUUAGAGAGACUUAUGUUAUGACACACUCAAGGAUUGUAAGUAUUAGUGAAUUAUAAAAUUUAAUUAGUAAUCACCUUCUUUUCAUUCCCCACAUUUAAUAAUAAUAAAUAAUACAAUAUAAUUAAAUCAAUUAUAAUAGGUUUAUUUUCAGUUUUUAAAGUAUUUAUUGGUGAAUUAUUAGUAUUAGUGGAUUAAAAUAAUAAAUGAUUUAUUAACGUAAACAUUUAACGUAAAAUCUCAAAAUUUUGUAAUAUAAAAAAAUUCUAUAUAGUACAAA